CAACAUGGAGGCGGAGGUCGAUAAGCUGGAACUGAUGAUUGAACACAUUUUAAUUUAAGAAGAAAAUGAUUGAGUGUACAUCCUGAAAAAAAGUUCUAGAAAAUUAUAAGAUAGCCAGAUUCUUAAGCUUUUAGGUGUUUGAAUAAUGGGGUAGUUUUAAAAAUUCUUUUUAAGAGAUGAGAAGAAAGCAAGUCUUAAAUUAUUUGCAGUUCCAGAAAGCUGACUCUGAUCUGGAUUACAUUCAAUACAGGCUGGAAUAUGAAAUCAAGACUAAUCAUCCUGAUACAGCAAGCAAGAAAAAUCCAGUUACACUCUUAAAGGAAUUGUCAGCAGUAAAGUCUCGAUAUCAAACUUUGCAUGCACGCUUUAAACCAAUAGCUGCAGAGCAGAAAGAAACUAAGAACCGCAUUUGUGCUACUGUCAAUAAGACUAUGAUCAUGAUACAAGAACUACAAAAGCAAACAGACCUGGAGCUGUCACCACUGACUAAAGAAGAAAAAACUGCAACAGAGCAAUUAAAAUCUUUCAUGUCAGACUUAUGAAGAAAUUGACUUCAAAUGGGAAUUCCAAUGGAGAAGAGAUUAAUUCCAGAAAGAUUUAAGAAGAUGUCUUGUUAGCACUUGAUUGGGGGAUGGUGAAGAAGAUUUGUCUGGGGUGAUUGGAUAAUGAUGCCUUUCGUAAGAGAGGGACUAUCACAAGGGCAGAUAAUAUAUGAAUAAAGUUCAGCCAAAAGGAUGGAAUAGGAAUAAAGGGAUUUAAAAAUAUAUAUGCACACAAACUUAGUCUUAUAAUUUCAGGCAAGGAAGUCACAUAACACUGUUUUGCAUCUGUUUUUGUGUAAUUGGGAUAACACUGAUGUCCUGGCCUAUCAUGAAAGGAUAUUUAUGUACCAUCAGUCAGUCAGAUGUGAAUUAGCAUGCUUUGGAAAUUAAAGGAUAGAAAAAAUAUUUGUAUUACAUUAUGUGUAUGAUUUUAUAUUUGAAAAUUCUGAUUAUAGAUAAUAGUCACUUUAUUGAUGAGACUGCUAAUAUGUGAUCUCUAGACCUCCACAAAAGCUAACUUUAGUAAUAAUAAAUUGGAUUUUCUGUGACAUCCUCA